AUGGGGAAACAAAACCCAAUAGAACUCAGGAUCUACUCAUCUGUCUUCUACCUGGUGUCAGUCUUGUCAUUGACCAGCUUGGUUUCGUCUCAGUUGAGUUACCAUGUGGACUCUUUAGUCGACACAAGAAAUGCUAUGUUGACUUACUCCUACGAACAUGAAGGUAGGCAGUAGCUUCAAUGUGUUCUUCGGGGAUCAUUCAAAUUCGUAGCAAAUUUCACUGCUAGUUAUUUCAAGGGUAGUUUGUUGACAUGGGAAAACUAUAAUGUGUAACUGCAAGUUUCGAAAUGAAUGCAGUUUUUCUUUAACCAUAAUAAGAUACUAAAGCAGUUAUUUUGUAUGCCCUUAUUAUUCUGCGACUCCCGACGUUUUUACUAGCUAUACUAUCCUAUAGAAAACGCGGCUUGAGCACGAAAGAAGUGUAGGACGAAACAAGAGAUGUAGUCAAGUGUUUCUCCCUACUUCUUGAGUGCUCUAGCCGCUCUCUACAAAGUAGUUUGAAACACAACAGAGCACAGUCAAGGCUUCUUUAUUUGUUUUAUGAUAAAGAAUCCGUCAAAUUCCCCACAAAUUACUUUCUAAUUUUCAUAACAAACUUUUAGCUCUGUGUUUUAAACUCUCAUAAAGGACGCAUUUUCAACCAAUCAGAGUUAACUUUAAUAGCAUAUUUCCUCGAAUAAGUUCGCAAGCGCUUAUUUCAAAUUUCAGCUAAAAGGAUGGGCGCGCUUAUUGGACUUAUUGGAAGGACGGGGAGCGCUUAUUACGUUUUCCUUUAAACAAACUAGAGGAUGGUCUAGAUAAUUAUACCAUUAAAGUAAUUAAUUAAUUAGAGUUUUGGUUAAUUCAAGAUCUGUGAGGGGGAGGGGAGGAGGGCGCUUAUUCGAGGGGGCGCUUAUUUGAUACAAUGGACUAGCGCGUGGGCGCUUACUCUGGGAAGGACGCUUUGGCGAGGAAAUACUGUAAAAAACAAUCUCCACUAUUAACUUACAUGCGCUUAUACUAUUUUUUAUCAUUACAAAUAGCAGGGGCACCCAAAGAGAAUAUAGUUCAAAACCACUUAAACAUAGCAUUGUUAAACGUAUUUUAGUAUUAAAACGGUAGAUAUAGGCAUAUUUUUAUCCCCUAAGAAUGUUUCAUCUGGUCGGAUUUCCUAGCUGAAAGUCUAGUGAUCCGAAAAUUAUAGGGAUCAAAACUUACCUUUUCAAAAACUUCAGCCAGAAAAAAGGCUCCCAAAAAUUCUAGGUGACCUUUUUUGGGGUAAAAAUUAGUUAAAAAUGGCUAAUUAUACCAUAUUUUAAAAUCCUAGGAGAGGCAGGCAGGCAAGAAAUUUUACAAAAAAUGUUCCGAAAAUUCUAGAUCUCAAAUCGUCUUCCGAACAGAUAUUUUCAGAAAAUUGACGUUGGGUGCCCCUGAAAUAGCUUCAUCCUUUUAACAAUUUCAGUGCCACUUAAUGGUUUUUGCCUAAAACCCUGCAAAAGCGCAUAGCGCAUAGCGCCCUGUUUACUCAUUGUUUCCAGCCUUGAAAUCAUUAUCUUUUCUUUUAUGUACCUGCAUGCCCUGCAUCUCAUUAGCCCCAUCCCGGUUUACCUCUUGCUGGGAGGCCGCCAUUUUGAAUAAUCCCUUCUAGUCACCCGGGAGAUACUACUUCACCCGCUAAUUUUGUUUAACUUCUUGUUGUUUCAUUCUGUUCAUUAAAGCUUCUGCCAAAAAUGCGUCCCCGUCAAACAGUUUCCUGAAAACCAUAGAUGACGUCGAAAAAUCAGUGUAUGAAAGCCAGGCUCUUCGGUCAUUUUAUGUACAAUCACCAGCCAGACUAAAGAAGAUUGAAAAGAUCAUCAAACUAGCUGCCAAUCAGAGCAAUGAUCAAUUAUUCAUCCGCCAGUCUCUUGGGCAUGCGCUUUACACCGCCAGAGAGAUAGAGAAAAAGAAGCCUCGUUUUAAGCGCUGUAGCGUGUGCAGAGAUGCAAUGAAAAAGUUCAUGAAAAUGAUUGAGAAGGAGAUUGGCAAAGAAAAAUUUCAGAAGUUUAUUGGGAAUAGGAACUUGGAUAGAGCUACGCUGAUGUUUGCUAUUGAUGACACAGGGAGUAUGUCCGGUGAAAUUCAAGCAGCAAAGGACAUCGCUACAUACAUUGUUAACUACUCGAGACCAAAUUUAGAAAUGGAUUAUAUCUUGUCACCUUUCAAUGAUCCAGGUAUGGAACUGUGUGUUUAUUAUAAGUGGAUACUUGUAUGUAAAUUUGCCACACUUUUUGACUAUUUUUGGUAAUACCAAGUAACUUAAAACUGCACCCCCAAUAUCCCAAUCCUCUGCCUUGCUGGUUGUGGAACUCCUGCCAGUCAUCUCUUGAGAAUGCAGACUAGUCGGCCAGCAGUUGGCCGACAAAUUUUUGAAGGAGCUGUUCUCCACAAUUAAGGCCAUUUGCGUCAUGGCAUCGUUCGACUUCUAUGACAAAAAUAUACUCUAUUUUUCCUUUUGGAGGAUUCUGAUGGUAGCUGUUCUGUAACAGCGAAAUUGUAUGGAUUUUGGGGUAAAACAUUUAUUUUAAAAUACGAGCCAAUUGUAGACUGCUGAAUGUGACUUAAAUUUCAAUACUGUAUCUUACAUCUUCAGAACUAGGGAGGGUUUUUAAAAAGGACGCUGGAAAAGGAAGUGGAGAUGCGUUUGUUAAAAAAAUUAACGAACUUCGUGCACAUGGUGGAGGAGACUGCCCUGAGAUGGCCUUUAAAGGAAUUAUUGAAGCCUUGAAUGCUGGCCCGGUAGAGGACUCUCCCCUGUACGUUUUCACUGAUGCACCACCUAAAGAUGCCACAUCAGAGAACAUCGAGGUGGCGAGAAACCAUGCGAAACUAGCGGGUAUAAAUGUCUACUUUUUUGCAACAAGAGGCUGUGGUGACCCAUCGUCUGUAAAGCCAUUUGAGAACCUUGCAAGGGAAACCUGUGGUCAGAUUUUUGCGCUGCCUAAGAGUAGCUCUGAUAUCGCCAGCAUGAAGAAAGUAGCCAAAGAUCUCCUUGGUGGUACAACCUGUUCCGCGAAAGGUGUUGGAAGUUUCUUCGGAAAGAAGCGAAGUGCUUCCCCUUCUGUACACAUAUUGCUCGUGGAUGACACAAUGGAAAAAAUUAUUGUCUCGGUUUCCAGUGAGAACAGUGGUGCAGAUAUCAACCUAAAAGAUCCCCUGGGAAGUUUUGUCACCUCUGGGAAGAGCGUGCUGUCCAAAGUGACAAUAUUUGAUGUAAAGAACCCAACACCAGGAAUCUGGCAAUUGGUGGUGUCGCCGAAGGCGGGAAAGUACACAUAUUUGUUCAAAGGAUCCAGCAAGACAAAUGUGGUGUUCGACUUCAUCUUUGUCACUCCACGUCGAACAAGGACGCCCUUUCCUAUUCCCUAUCCCUUGAAGGGUAAGUUUUCGUUUCUUAUGUGUUAACUCUUCCUGGAGAAAGAGGUGAUUUGGACCACUAAAAAGGUGCAAAUAAUGAGAUAGUUGACGGUUGAGAUUUACAACGGGAUCAUGAUCACAGCGCUAGGCCAGGGCUGAUAACGCACCUGUUUAAGACUUUUUAUUCGUAAAAAUAAAAAACAAAGCAAAAGUGUUUUUUUAUGUAUAAUAGUGUCCAGUAAGAAGCUGGCCUCAACUUAUCAACCAAUUUAACUAGUGGUAUACGGAUGCUUUAGUCCCCUUUUUAAAGUUAACUAAAUCCAGAAAAGGGGAACUAAAACAUCCCUAUAUCACUACUAAUUUAUGUUUUGGGAACGUACAAUGUAUACAUAUUGACAACAAACCCCAUAGUUGCCCUCAUAGCUCUUCAUACACUAUAAACAAUUUGAGGAUCUCUGUAUCGCAAAGAAAAAUAUAUAAUAAUUAAGAACUAUAAAAAUAGCUCAUAUAUUCCCAAUCAUUCAUUUUUGAAUCGGGAGCAGCACACCGCGGUUAAAAACGAUGCAAACUGGCAUUGCAAUACUGAUUGACACAAACAGUUAUUCUCCCAAUGUAAUCAGGGUUACAGAUUCAGGAAUCUGGAUUCUUGAAUCCGGGGCAUUUUUGCUGGUGGGAUCAGAAAUCCGGGGAAACUCUGCCUGUGGAAUCCGGAAUCUUGGGCUUUGGAAUCUGGAAUACAGCUCAAGGAAUCCGGAAUCCCACUAAGAGUGGAACAGAAUCCAAAUUCUACUGACAAAAGACUGUAAUCCAGUACCUGCUGAAAUCCGGAAUCCACGGCGUGGAAUCUAGAAUCCCAUUUUCUGUUGGAUUCUCUUACAUGGGACAAAGUUAUCAAAACAAGAUCAAUCUUAAUCAUUUUUCAGGGAACACUGCUCACGUCAUUCUGAUAGUAAGGGGAGCUGAAAAGUUGCAGCCCAGUUCACUAAAACUGAAUAUCCUAAGCACCGAUGGAAGGCCUCUCCACACAACCUCUCUCAGACAAGUUGGAGGAGAUGAUGUGCAUUUCUCAGCCUCCUUUCCUACUCCCGCGGAAGCCUUCAAUAUGCAGCUUAAAGGGAAGACGAAGAAGAAUUUCCAGUUUGAACGCAACUCUCAAAGCACGGUGGAACCAAGCCAUGUAGUUGUCAAACUCAUCUACGCCCGAAAUGAAUUCACUGCGCCAAAAUCCAGCUAUGAAUUCGCCAUGUUCUUUAUCUUAAACUCCGGGGCUACUGAAAAGUUCAAAUUUCAAAUCAAGGAAACUGUCAACUUCAAGGCCGAGUACUCAGCCUCGCUGAUCACUGUCUACCAGAACCGCUACGCAGUCGUCCGCGUCCGUUUCAUUGCUAAAAGUUCGGCUGUCCCCGGAAGCGUUGAUCAGUUGUUUGUCACUGUGACCGGAGAAACUUCGAAAGUCACUGCCAGGAACAUCGUGAGCUUGAUGGUUGGCCCUUGAAGCAAGACGGGAACAAACCUUGGGACACUGCGUAUCUAGUUGCUGUGCUUUUCACGUUAAGGGUUACAACAUUCGGUUUUAAUUCAGCCUCUCCUAUAUAUAAAAAGGACAGAUAUGUAUAAAAGCGUUGGUGCGCUAUUUUCUUUUAUAGAGAACUGCGAAGGCCCACGGGGGUUGAUUGACAGGAAAGAGUUGUUUUUAGUAUCGGAGAAAAAUUAUUAUAAUACGGUAGACUGCAGUAGUGUGCUAAGUCAGGUUUGAUUGCUGAAGAUUCUAUAGCGAUGUUAAUUUAAGGGUCUACUUUAAUUUGAGUAUAAGAAGUAUGUUAAUGCAGGGUUGUGCAUGUUUUCAAGGAAUGAAUGUUUUAGACUGUUUUCGCAAUCUAUUUUGAAGCCGUUUUAAUUUGUAGGUGACAAUUCUAUCCAAGAAAAGGAGAGGUUGUAAAUAAUUUUUGGUUGCUAUUGGUUUGCUGAUAAAUUAAAGAUGUGUAAUAAUGAAUUGAUUUUCACCUUUAUUUUCUUCAUUCUAUAUAUGUAACUUUGCAAGCUUGAAAGAGUAACCUUUUAUAAAUUAGAAAACAGAGUGCAGUUGAAGUUAUGACAAUAGCUUCGCUCCCACAAAUCGUACUGUGGCUACCUGUACGUGACAAAAGUUAGUGCCCGGUCAAAUCUGUGACAUGCACAGUAGUCAGUUUCGUAUGAUUACACGGCUUACGUUGGAAUCUUCAGAUCCAGUGAAAGUAGUUCCAGGUAUGAAUUGUGUUGAUCAUAAAUUUUUAGAGAUACUUAUGCAUGUUCAAAUUCAGAAGUAGAUGUCCAGUGGCUUUCAGUGAAAAUAAAGAAUGGUGCAAACAUGCAUUUUAGAAAUCUCGGCCUUAAUUGUUUAUAGUUGUGGCCUUGUGAGAGAG